AUGGCAGAUUCAUCCAGUGAUUCAGACAACUUUCUUAGGGGUCGAAUAGGAAGGCGGCCACCUUUGAGAGCAUCCCACUACAGAGGUCGUAACUAUGGUGCUGAAGAAGUUACAGAGAAGAUCCAUACUUUAGCAAGCACUUUACAGGAUACCAACAGAAAUCUAAGACAUGUUGACCAUUUACUAGGACAAUACAGAGAAUACAACAAGGAACAAACCGAAGCAAUAGCAACUUUAAAGGAAACACUGGAACAAUCUAUAGGUCAGUUAAGGAGCCAACGACUGACCCGAAAUUCUGGAAUGAGAAGUGCUUCUCUCUCAAGCUUAUACCCUAGUGAUUUGGAUGGAGAAGGAGUGUCAGGAAACCGCCACUUCCUGCCUACUUCUCCUCUCAGGGAUUAUGGAAACUCACAGGGCAAUAAACAUCGAAGGUCUAGAUCUGCAAGUGUUCGAUUUGUCAAUGAGGCAGAUAACUUGGACCAGCUGCAUUCUUUCCACCAGUCUCUUCGAGAUCUCAGUAGUGAACAAGUUCGCCUAGGAGAUGACAUCAGUCGGGAGCUUGCAAGAAGAAAUCGGACGGAUGCUGAAUUAAGACAGACUCUGGAAGAAUUGUCUGAAAAGCUCACUGAGUCCCAAAGACAAGAAACGGUAUCAGAACGGGUAGAAAGAAGACUUCAGGAGAUAGAACAAGAAAUGCGUGCUGAAAGACAGCUUGUAGAAAGGCGCCAGGACCAACUGGGACAUAUGUCUCUUCAAUUACAAGAGGCUUUAAGAAAACAAGAUGCUAAAGCAGAUGAAACAGAAGAACUCAUGAAAAAUAAACUUGUGAAAUAUGAAAGUGAAAAGAACCAACUUGAGCAGGAAUUGGAGCAGUCUCAGAAAAAGUUGAAUGAAUCAGAAAGCAGCAGAGAAGCUCUUCUGCAUCAGAUUGAGGACCUUCGUUCCCAACUUUUAAGAGCAGAAGACGACCGUGUAGAGUUGCAGCAUCAAAUUUCACAUGUUGCUAUGCACCGCCAGAGCUACCAGGAUGUACAAGAUGAUGACAGAAGAAUUAGAACAGUAUCUGAAAGAUAUGAGAGAGAGAAGCAGGAACUGGAGAAACAUAUUUUGGAGCUUAAAGCAAAGCUGAAUCAUAAUGCUGUAAUGUCAGAGGUAGAAGAACUAAAGAGAUGCAUAGAGCGUAAGGACAAGGAGAAAGCACAGCUUGUAAUGCACAUACAGGUGUUAACAUCUGACCUCGAAAACAGGGAGAAGCAACAGGAAAAAAUGCUGGACCAGCUAAAGGAGAUACAGAAUUGCUACAAGGCUUGUGAGAAUGGACGUAAACAAACUGAACUCCAGUCUGCUGCGUUAGCUCAACAGGUUGAAGAGAGUAGCAAGGAAGCAGAACGGUACCUCACUGAACUCAAGCAUUCAGAGGCACUCAGGCUGGAGAUUGAGAAAAAAAGAGAGGAUUUGAAGGUGAGAGCACAGGAAACUAUCCGCCAAUGGAAGUUGAAAUGUAAGAAACUGGAUCGUGAGGUGGAAAACCAAAAUGAAACUAUCAGCCAACUGAUGGACAAGAACAGUCAGGCCCUCAAAGAAAAGGAUGACCUCAAAAGUCAACUUGUCUCUGCUAUACACCAAAUAGAAAACCUUCGGAAAGAGCUGAAUGAUGUGCUUACAAAGAGAGCCCAGCAGGAAGAACUCUUGCACUGCAAAGAGGUAAAACUGAAUGAAAUGAAGUCUCACCAGGUAUCUCUUGAAGAAGAGAUCAAAGAAUUUCAAGGUACUGUAAAUAAAUUGGAGAAUGAGUUGGAAAAGCAAGUCUUUCUACAAAAUCAAAUGCAAGCUGAAAAGGAACACUUGGAGGCAGAACUUGCAACUAGUAACUUGAUCCAUAAAAAAGACCAAGACAGACUCUUAGAAAUGCAAGCAGAUGUAAAAAACUUAUGCUCUGUACGUGUAGAACUAACAAACAGAAUAGCAGAAGAGGAGAAAGUCAAAAAGGAAUUACAUAAGAGCCUCUCAGAUCUCCAGAAACAGCAGGAGACUUCAGCUAACAGGCAGCUGAAGAUGGAAAGAGAAGUUCACCAACAGGAGCUGGCAGAUCUUAGAUCAGAGUUACAAAAUGUUAAAAUCAAACAUGAACAAAAUGUUCAAGAGCUCAUGAAACUCCUUAAAGAAGAAAAGGAUGAUGCAGAGGCUCAGAUUAGAAUGCUAAAGAUGGAACUUGUAGAAGAAAAAAACAUAGUCAAGACUCAGUGUCGACAACUGGAGAAGAUAAAAAUUGAGUGUGAUAAAUUGACAGAAGAAUUAACCCAAAAUGAAGAAGAAAAUAGAAAACUCAGGCGGAAAUGUGAGUUUGUAAAACAAGAACUGGAGAAAAAG